AAAUACAAAUUAAAACAUUAAAUAAUAUAGUAAAGCAAAAAACGAAAAAAGAAAAAUUAUUGAGAAAAUAAUAAGAAUUUUCCAACAACAAAACAAUGUCUGAUAAAGAAGAAAGUUUCAUACAAAUGGAAGAUCCUCUAUUUCCGGCCUCUACCAGCUCCAAGAGUAGUGAAGAACGUGUAGAAUUGAGUGUGUUAAAUGGGGGCGAGGCUGGUGGAGGUGGUGGUGGUGGUGUUGAUGAAAUAAGAAAACGUAGCAGCAGUAGUAAUGAACGUAAUUUACCGUUACGCAGUUACAACAAAUGGUCACCCACCGAAGAGGGUGCAACAUUGGUGUGGCGCGAUCUGUGUGUGUAUACAGCCGGUGAGCAUGGCACAUCGCCCAGUUUGUAUAAUAUGAAACGUAUUAUAAAUAAUUCAAAUGGUGCUGUACAGCCGGGAAAUUUAAUGGCUCUAAUGGGAUCAAGUGGCUCAGGAAAAACAACAUUAAUGUCUGUGCUUGCAUAUCGCCAACCAGCCGGUACCGUGGUUCAAGGUGAUAUUCUUAUCAAUGGUAGGCGUAUAGGACCAUUUAUGCAUCGUAUAAGUGGUUUUGUCUAUCAAGAUGAUCUAUUCAAUGGGGCACUAACUGUGUCAGAACAUAUGCAUUUUAUGGCUCUUUUACGUUUAGAUCGCAGAGUAAGCAAGCAGGAAAGAAAGCUAAUAAUACAGGAUUUGCUGGAACGCACGGGUCUUUUGGGAGCCUCUAACACACGCAUUGGUUCGGGAGAUGAUGAAAAGGUUUUGUCGGGUGGUGAACGCAAACGUUUGGCUUUUGCUGUAGAGUUGCUUAACAAUCCGGUUAUAUUGUUUUGUGAUGAACCCACUACGGGUUUGGAUUCUUAUAGUGCUCAGCAGUUGGUGCAGACUCUUUACGAUUUAGCCAAAAAAGGCACUACAAUAUUAUGCACCAUACACCAGCCUUCCUCACAACUCUUUGACAUGUUUAACAAUGUUUUGUUUCUAUCCGAAGGUAGAGUGGCAUUUACCGGUUCACCACAAAAUGCCUUGGAUUUUUUUGCUCAAAAUGGUUACAGAUGUCCGGAGGCAUACAAUCCGGCAGACUAUUUAAUUGGUGUAUUGGCCUCUGAUCCGGGCUAUGAACAGGCCUCCCAAAGAUCAUCCCAGUAUCUGUGUGAUUUAUUUGCCGUUAGUUCGGCGGCCAAGCAGAGAGACAUGUUGGUGAAUUUGGAAAUACAUAUGGCUGAAAGUGGUGAUUAUCCGUUUGACAAAGAAGUUAAUUCAUUUCGACCGGCUGCUUGGUAUUUGAAAUUCCAUGUGAUCUGGUAUAGAUUUACUUUAACUUUGCUGCGUGAUCCCAAGCUGCAAUGGCUGAGAUUCUUUCAGAAAAUGGCCAUGGCCAUUAUAAUAGGAGCCUGUUUUGCCGGCACCACUGUACUCGAUCAGAUGGGUGUUCAAGCUGUCCAGGGUGCUCUCUUUGUUAUGAUUUCCGAAAACACUUAUCAUCCCAUGUACUCGGUGUUGAAUGUCUUUCCCCAAGGAUUUCCGCUGUUCAUGCGUGAAACACGUUCUGGCAUGUACUCAACGGCCCAGUACUAUAUUGGCACUGUGUUGGCCAUGCUGCCGGGCAUGAUUAUAGAACCAUUUCUAUUUGUUGUCAUUUGUUAUUUUAUCGCUGGUCUGAGACCAACAUUUUAUGCAUUUUCUAUAACGGCCAUUGCGGUUGUACUGGUGAUGAAUGUGGCUACAGCAUGUGGUUGUUUCUUUUCGACGGCCUUCAAUUCGGUACCACUGGCCAUGGCGUACUUGGUGCCGGUCGAUUAUAUAUUCAUGAUAACAUCUGGUAUCUUUAUUCAAAUCAGUACAUUGCCUAUAGCGUUUUAUUGGACACAAUUCUUAUCAUGGAUGUUGUAUGCUAAUGAAGCCAUGACCGCUGCCCAAUGGACUGGCAUUGCAAAUAUCACCUGUUUCGAAGAAAGUGAAAAUUUGCCAUGUUUUCAUACGGGUCAAGAUGUUUUAGACAAAUACAGUUUCAAGGAGGCCAAUAUUUAUCGCAAUAUCUUGGCUAUUGUUGGCAUUUACUUUGGUUUUCAUAUCUUGGGCUAUUAUUGCCUUUGGCGUAGAGCGCGCAAAAUAUAAUAAUUUUUGUUUAUUUUGCAAUAAAACUCAACAAGCUCUCCCUCCUGCGCCUAUUUCCUAUCUACAGAAGACUCGUAUGUAUUGUUUUCGUACAAAACAAAAGCAUUUAAAGGAUAAAGAUGAAACAUUGCUUUAUCUUAAUAUGUGGAUAUGUAUGUAUAUUUUGUGUUUAAUACAAUUUACAUAUUUUUUUGGUACUGAUUUAUAGCAAACAUUUAUAAAACAACAAAAUAAAGUGAAAUAAAAUAAAAUAUUUAACAUUAA